AAACAUAAUCCACCCCCUCCUCCUCCUCCUCCCCCUCUCUCUCUUCUUCACUUCUAUCUCAGCUCUGCGAAGAACGAAAACGAGGAAACGGAGGAUUGAUGUGUUGGUCGACUUGAAAAUUUCCCCUUUUUCGCGCGCACAUCACCCUUUCUACUCCUCCUCCUCUCCUCACACCUGCCGGCAUCUUCUUCCUUUCAUUUUUUAUUAUAUUUUUGGAUCAUGUCUGAUCAUGCUGAAGUGAUGACAGUAAGUGGCCGUGUGUCUGCGCGCGCUCUGUGCUCUCCGCCUGGCCGUAAUGUAAGCGUCUCGGAUCGUCGUGGCUGCAGGGGGACGAGCCUCUGAGACUCCGGGAAGCUUCGUUCUGUCUCUACGCGUCCUGCUCCUCUCCCGGCCGGCUGUAUAGCCGGUGCUGCUCGGUCUCUUUGCCUGGAUGUGCCCCUCUCUCCUCGGUGUACCGUCGCUGCCCCAAUCCCCUAAUAGCAGAUUUCCGCUGUUGCAAGAGAAAGGUCUAGGGACCACAUAUGGAAACUGGGGAUCGCAAUUUUAGGAAAAAGGAAAACUAACCAGGCUGUUGUUUUUAUUUUAUUUUAUUUUUAAACCACGUUUCUUAAUUUUUUUUCUCUUAACCUUUUAUUUGAAGAGAGGGGGGCUUAAUCUACCUUUUAUUAUUAUUAUUAAUUUCUCACCAUCUCUGCGUUUGAUGGCAGCCAUAGUACCUGCUGAUGUUUGGCUUUAUUUAUCACUCAGUCCUUGAUUUUGUAGAAAUGCUUGAAUCUGUUGGGUUGAAUCUGUUCCCUCAUUUCUUUUAGUACGUCCAGUACUCAUUUUCUCCACGUAUUCUGGGCCCUGCUUGUCUGUCUAGCUUGUCUUCCAUCACCCUUUUCCUCCACCAGAAUACAUUAAAUGUCAUGGCUUGGUUUUAGAGGUAAACCCUUUAUCAUGUCAAAGUAAUUACACCCCAUUUCUGAAAUGUGCCAGCCUCCAUUGGAUGUUUCUGUUUAGGAAAGGAGGAGGGGGGGGGGGGCAUUUUAAAGAAACCAGGUCAUCAAAUGUGUUAGUCUUAACCACACUCCACCCCCACCACCCUGUUUCUUCAUCCCUUUUCAGUAUGAAUUAAUUCAAACUGUGUGCAUCUGGGUGCUCUUCCAUGUACAGGUGUGUGCGUAUGAAAGUUGAAGUCUGUUAGGAAGUGUGUGUGUGUGUGUGUGUGUGUGUGUGUGUGUGUGUGUGUGUGUGUGCGUGUGCGUGUGUGUGUGUUGGAGGCUGACUGAGAGGGUCCAUGUGAGGUAAACCAAGGAUUAUUGCAUACUUCCUGAAGCUGUGAUGAUUGUAACAUCUUUAUUUCGCUCAGAAAGUUACAAUCUGGCCUGAAAGCACCACAAAAACGAAGUAAAAGCCCUCCCAACUUCUCAUUAUCUCAGCUUUUCUCUGAGUUUGACAUUUAGAGGCCUUCAAACUCACCAAAGUCGGCCCAGAUCCCAGACCGGAUCUCUAGUGGGAUCUGCUAGAAGCCUGUGUUUUUAGGUCAGCCUUAUAUUUUUCUAGAGCAGGGCCACUUACUGCCAUCUGAAGUCCAGAACUGAGACAGCUUCACAGCUAAGGUGUGUUCGACCCGCUCGUUGGGCCAAACUCUACCUUGAUCUAAUUUUUCACCUGUUUGCUGGCAACCCCCCCAAAAACCAACCAUACGAUUUCCCCCGAGCUCCCCUAACUCCCCUGCCCCCCCAACAGCCCCCCGCCACCGUCGCCCACCUGACACCGCCCACACCCCGCUGUCCGAGCUGGCGUGGCGACGCAAACUCACAAGUAUUUACUUCCUUUACAUCAAAAGGAAAGGGGGCCCCCCUUUUGUGGAAUGUGGCAACAUGGGCGUGUUUGACCGUGGAGUUCAGAUGCUGCUGACCACGGUGGGGGCCUUCGCCGCCUUCAGCCUCAUGACUAUCGCUGUGGGGACAGACUACUGGCUGUACUCACGUGGCGUCUGCAAGAUCAAGAGCACCAACGAGAACGAGACCAGCAAGAAGAACGAGGAGGUGAUGACGCACUCGGGCCUCUGGAGAACUUGCUGCCUGGAAGGGUCGUUUAAAGGCAUGUGUAAGCAGAUAGAUCACUUUCCAGAGGAUGCCGACUAUGAGGCAGAUGCUUCUGAAUACUUCCUGCGCGCUGUUCGAGCAUCCAGUAUCUUCCCCAUCCUUAGUGUGAUCCUGCUCUUCAUGGGGGGGCUUUGCAUUGCCGCCAGCGAAUUCUACAAGUCACGCCACAACAUCAUCCUCAGCGCUGGCAUUCUCUUCGUCUCUGCAGGCCUGAGCAACAUCAUAGGAAUCAUCGUGUAUAUAUCAGCAAAUGCCGGCGACCCUUCAAAGAGUGACUCCAAGAAGAACAGCUACUCUUAUGGCUGGUCCUUCUACUUUGGCGCCCUCUCCUUCAUCAUGGCCGAAAUGGUGGGUGUGUUAGCUGUGCACAUGUUCAUCGACCGGCACAGAGAGCUGCGAGUGGGUGCGCGAGCUGCAGACUACCUCCAAGGAGCAGCCAUCACACGCAUACCAAGUUACCGCUAUCGUUAUCGACGCCGUUCGCGUUCUUCGUCCCGCUCCACGGAUCCCUCGCAGUCUCGCGAGGCAUCACCAGUGGGCCUGAAAGCCUUCGGGACUCUGCCUUCCACUGAGCUGUCCAUGUACACACUGCCCAAGGGCCAAACGGGCACCCCGACAGCUACCUAUAACUCUACAGAGAGGGACCACAAUUUCCUACAGGUCCACAACUGUGUUACUAAGGACCUGAAAGACUCAAGCGGCCACAGCAACGCCGCCAACCGGCGCACUACGCCGGUAUGAAUCACAUAUGGACUAUAGACUCUACAAAAAGUAAAAAGGGAUAUUAGUGAAAAGCACCAAAAGAAAGACUGUUGUGUGAAAAGGUGAGCAGACGUUGGUAGAUUGAGGAGUGAGGGGCAGGAGUGACAGAAGAUCCAAGGAAGCUGAAUAAUCAGUGAACUUCUGAUAAAAAUUAAGAAAAAAAAAAGGAAAUGGAGUUCAAAUGCAUAAAAAAGAAACAUGCAUGAUUUUCCCAUGAACCAUUGUUUAAUGUUUUUAAGGUGGGUAAGGAGUCAGGAGGUCGGACAUCUUGAAUGCUGCAGCAUUUGGGGUGUUGGCCGUCUCAGGGCCGUGGAUCUAUGGAUGGGUGGGCUGGGCCAGGCUGCCUUUUGAAAGACAAACUAUUUUCUUCUUGUUUUCAUUCUUCUCCUCAGUCCAAAGAGCGGCAAAGCUUGCCCCUCGGCCCAGCCUUCAAACCUGCCCUUGCACUGUCAUUCCACAUCCCUGCCAACACACACGCACACAUCGUAAACUUCCUUUUACUCUCCACUACUUUGUUUAACGGCAUUCUCUUGAUUUAAUUAUUUAAUUGCAUUACUACUGUGAACCAUUGCGGUGUGGAAUUCAAGCAGGGAGCAAUUCAGGCCGCAAAAAAUAAAUGCAUAAAAAAACAUUUAAAAUAUAAAAGAUAAAAACAUUUUUAUUAAAUGUAUUAAUUAUAUAUAAAUAUAUAUGUUCAUAUAUCAUGACUAGACUUCCCUGCUGAAGGAAAAAAAAACAAGAAAAAGUUAAGUAACUUAUGAGUUGCUUAAUGUAGUUAAACUAAAUCUAGUCAUCAUGGAAGCUCAACCAAGAUGGAGGGCUCAGCAUGGCUGGCUUGUUUACGGUCAAACCACUGAUAAAGUAAUACUGGUUAGUAAUGGACACACCGGCAGAUUAUUUGACAACAACAGAAGAUACAAAUAAAAAUGUUCUGGCAGUUUGAUGAAAUCCUGGCUGCCAUAUUUGUUCAGAGAUACAUGGGUAAACUUUAGCCUUUUAUGUUCUUUUACUUUUCUUUUCUUUUCUUUUUGGCCUCAUAAAGAGGCAGAGAGAAGUGAGGACUUGCUUAAGAAAUGAUCUCUCAUCAAACUUGAAAAAUGACUGUGGACAAUGAAACGUCACUACUGCCUAAGACACAGCUAGCGCGUGAGAGAACACAGAUACCGCCGAACUGAAGUAAGUGACUCAAAAAAAAAAAAUAACUAUUACAAAUUUACAUGCAUGCUGAUCAAAAUCAUCAAACCUGCUUUUAAGAAAAUGAUGUUUUGAACAAUUAGACACUGAUACCACGUAAGGGCGGUGGGAUGAUAGAAACUAACGUGUCUUUUCAACCUUCUUCCUUUCGUGGUUCGGGGUUUGGAUUGGGGCUUCACUAUGCUUGAAACAAAAACAUACUUUGGGAAAUGUUAACAAGGCUUUUUAUUGUUUAAGAAAAGAAAAAAAUUGCCUUUUUUUAUUUCAUUUAAAUGGUUCAGUUAAUUGCAACUACAGCCUUAGUAUCUCUUAUUUUCUCUUGCUCUUUGGUUUCACAUUGUGUUGUUGUAAAUGAGAGUAUAUGAAAACAAAAAAGUCUAAAAUCUUUCAGGGUGCCAAAACUGAAUGAUUCUGAACUUGGAUGCAUCAAGUCCUGAUGACAAAUAAAAUUUCACCCCUCUCCCUGUA